AUGAAGUUCUCGCAUUCGUUGCAGUUCAAUUCUGUACCGGAAUGGUCUACCAAGUAUCUGGCGUAUUCGCAGUUGAAGAAACUCAUCUAUUCUUUGCAAAAGGAUAAGCUGUACAGUAACAACAAACACCACGGUGUGCAGUCACACGAGGCGGAUGAUGAGAAUUUGCCGCUAUUAGCAGACGCUUCUCCAGAUGAUCAAUUUUACAUUUCUAAAUUUGUUGCUGCCUUGAAUCAAGAAUUGAGAAAAAUUGAUAAAUUUUAUAUAUCUCAAGAAACAGGUCUUAUCGCUAACUACAACGAAUUGAAGGACGAUGUCGCGGAACUAGAGAAUAUGAACAAGGCCAGCCAAUUGUUUAACCAGCAGCAACAGCAGCAAUCGCAAAGUGUGGCUAGAAAUAGGAAGUCUAAGUCACAACAACGCCAAAGAAGGUUUAGCAGUGUUUCCUCCACGGAUUCAAACCCUUCUUUAACGGACAUGUCGAUUGACUCAGCACCGGUCAUCCAUACGCAAGUUUCGAACACCACUAAUAAUGGUAAUUCAAUGCAAAACUUGGUCUCGACUUCAAUGUCAGUUUCCAACACUAACUCGGUAUACCUUUCUCCCCUUACCCAGCAUAGGUUGUCUUUAAAAAAAAGAUUGAUAUCUAUUUACACUCAGUUAUCCGAGUUGAAGGACUUUAUCGAGUUGAAUCAGACCGGGUUCUCCAAGAUCUGCAAGAAAUUUGACAAGUCUUUGAACACAAACUUGAAACAGAACUAUUUGAACUAUAUCAAAUUUCAUUCACAUGUCUUCAACCCCGCUACAAUAAACAGAAUCCAGCAUCACAUAACCGAGACCAUUCUCACUUAUGCCAGCUUGAACAAGGGCACCCGCAGAGCAUCCAAUACGUUUAAUCUUGAUGCAGACCGGAUCAAUAAUGACGGAAGCAGCAGCAAUAACGAGGAAGUUGAAGAUGGUAACAGGCAAGAAAUUCUCGAUUUCCAGGACGCUGAACGUGAACUAUCCUCCCAUUUGAGAGAUCAUGUCGUGUGGGAAAGGAACACUGUUUGGAAGGAUAUGAUGAAUUUGGAAAGAAAGUACCAAUCUGCAAAGACCGACAAUAAAAAAUACUUGAAGUUGAGUUCCAAUCAGUUGCAUCCCAAUGGCAAUAUCUCCGAAUCCAUGGCAAUGUCAAGUGGCAAUGCCGGUACCAUUGCUCCAUCAUCGGAUUCCUUAACUUUCAGUGAACUCAUGCAUUUACCACCCAAGCAAUGGGCCCUAUUCAUUAUAAACCGAACUUCUUUUUUGAAGUUUUUACUAAUCACCUUCUGCUUCAUUGCAUUACUAACUUUUAAUUUGACGCCAUUCGCCAAGGAUUCCUUACAAAGAAACUGUUUCGCCAUUUUGAUAUAUGCCUCUCUACUAUGGGCCACUGAGACAAUCCCCCUUUUCGUGACAUCUUUGAUGAUUCCUCUGCUCAUUGUCGUUUUCCCAGUCAUCAAGGAUCCAGUCACCGCUCAACCAAUGUCUCCCCGUGAUUCUUCUCAAUUCAUUUUGUCAACUAUGUGGUCCAGUGUCAUUAUGCUUUUGUUAGGCGGGUUUACUUUGGCCGCUGCCUUGUCGAAGUACAAUAUUGCUAAAGUCCUUUCCACCCAUAUUUUGGCUUCUGCCGGUACAAACCCACAUUUCAUUCUCCUAACAAAUAUGUUUGUAGCUCUCUUCGUCUCCAUGUGGGUAUCUAAUGUUGCUGCUCCCGUCCUUUGUUAUUCCAUCGUCCAACCUUUACUCAGAACACUACCAAGAAAUUGUUCCUAUGCCAAAGCUCUAAUUCUAGGUAUCGCUCUCGCUUCCAACAUCGGAGGUAUGUCUUCCCCCAUUGCUUCUCCUCAGAAUAUUUUCUCUAUUGGUAUAAUGGAUCCUUCACCAUCUUGGGCCGAAUGGUUUAUGAUUGCGCUACCCGUGUGCUUUAUUUGUAUCAUGGCAAUCUGGGUCCUAUUGAUCAUAACUUUCCCUCCUGAACCAAAUGUGAAAAUUUUGCAACUGCAUCCAUCCCGUGAUCCAUUUACUUUGAAACAAUGGUUUGUCACUUUAGUUUGUAUUAUAACAAUUAUUCUUUGGUGCCUUUCAAACCAAAUUUCCGGUAUAUUUGGUGAAAUGGGCAUUAUAUCUAUUAUACCCAUUAUAGUCUUCUUUGGCACGGGGCUUUUAACGUCAGAUGAUUUCAAUAAUUUUAUGUGGACCAUCGUUGUUUUGGCCAUGGGGGGUACCACCCUCGGUAAAGCGGUAAGUUCAUCUGGCUUGUUGUCUACUAUGGCACAGCUAAUUAAGGCACAAGUCGAGGAUGAACCAAUCUUUAUCAUUGUGUUGAUUUUUGGUCUUGUAAUUCUUAUAAUGGCAACUUUUGUCUCUCAUACUGUUGCAGCAAUGAUUAUCGUCCCGUUAAUGAGCGAGAUCGGUUCUAAUCUACCUUCAGGUGAUCAUUCUAGACUGCUGAUCGUUAUAGCCGCCCUUUUAUGUUCCAGUGCUAUGGGUCUUCCGACCUCUGGUUUCCCCAACGUAACCGCAAUUUCAAUGAUCGACGAAGUUGGUGAUAGGUAUUUGACCGUGGGUACAUUUAUCACAAGAGGGGUACCAGCCAGUUUAUUAAGUUAUGCAACCAUUGUUACGGUAGGCUAUGGAUUAUUGAAAUUAAUGGGAUUUUAA